CCCGCCCCCCUCCCCCAGUUUACCGUUCGGGCCGGCGGGAGCGGCCGGAGCUGCCUGCGGGGAAAGACCCGGCUCGGGCCGGGCAGGGCCCGGAGGUCACCGAACCCCCCCGGAGUUCGUCCCGUCCCGGCUCCAGCGCUGAUUUUGUCGCACUAAAAGUGUCCCGUCCCCUGUCACCCCUCCCUGCCCCACCGCUGAACCCUCCCAGCUCCGCUGACACCUGUGGGAGGUGCGGGAGAGACCGUCCGGGCCAGGUGGGCAUCCCUGACCUCCCUCCGUGAGGGGCCGGGCACCGGGUAGAAGAUCCCCGGGUCCCCCCGGGAGGAGCCGGGUGUUGGGCACCGGGCUGAGGGUCCCCCUGACCCCCGGGGUCGGCGGGGCCGGGGUGGGUUGUGUUGUCCUGACACCCGGAGCAGAGGUGGUGACACAUCAUGUGCCAGGCGGAAUCCCGGUGGAUGAAGGAUGCCCCCGGGAGCUCUCGGUAGGCACCCAAGGCCUCAAACUUUUGUAGGCGAAAGCGAAGACGCGAGAAUUGUUUCGGAAAACUCCUUCAAGGAAACUUGGUUCCAGCUCCCCAACGGCUGAGCCCCCCCCUCCGGCCCGUGCUCCCGGGAGGGCGGCGGGAGCACAGCUUCCCACCCCGGCUGGGAACCAUGAGCUCCUAGGGAUGGAAAGUCACGAGAGGGACUGGGAGCUGCUGUGGUUCCACGGGGUGGCCUGACGGCCCGGAGAUGACCUAACUCUGCAGGAUCAAACUGGGCCCAGUCAAGGCCAAUUGACUGGGAAGAGCCCCCGGCAGUGGGACCGGGUUGGAAGCAAAGUGAGUCCCAAACUGAGUGUGUCCCGUCACAGAUUUAUGUUCUUUUUCAAAGACAUUCUGGAGCCAGACCGGGAUCUUUUGGCAUCCAACUGACCUGGAAGCAGCUCUUAGGUUUGGUUUUCUUUUUUUUUUCUUUUUUCCCCCCUUCUAUUUUCUGGUUGUUUUUUUAUUAUUAUUAUUAUUCAUGUUUGUACAAUCUUCUGGAUAUUUUUUUUCCGAGAAGGAGUAAAAGGGAGUGUUGGAAACUAACAAACAGGAUUAAAGCCCUGAGCGCUUAAGGAAAAAACAGGUUAAGGAACUUAAUCCAGGAUGGAUCUGCAGGAGCCCCAGCAGCUGGGAAUGUUUGCGGAGAGCGAGCUGAUGUCGGUGGGGAUGGACACGUUCAUCCACCGCAUCGACUCCACCGAGGUCAUUUACCAGCCCCGGCGCAAACGGGCCAAGCUCAUCGGCAAGUACCUCAUGGGAGACCUGCUGGGAGAGGGCUCCUACGGCAAAGUCAAGGAGAUGCUGGACUCAGAGACCCUGUGCAGGAGAGCUGUGAAGAUCCUGAAGAAGAAGAAGCUGCGCCGGAUCCCCAACGGGGAGGCCAACGUGAAAAAGGAAAUCCAGCUCCUGCGGCGAUUACGGCACAAAAACGUCAUCCAGCUGGUAGAUGUGUUGUACAACGAGGAGAAGCAGAAAAUGUAUAUGGUGAUGGAGUACUGUGUGUGUGGGAUGCAGGAAAUGCUGGACAGUGUCCCAGAAAAGAGGUUUCCAGUGUUUCAGGCUCACGGGUACUUUUGUCAGCUUAUAGAUGGCUUAGAAUACUUGCACAGCCAAGGGAUUGUCCACAAGGAUAUAAAACCGGGAAACCUCCUGCUAACAACCAAUGGGACACUAAAAAUAUCUGAUUUAGGCGUAGCAGAGGCAUUGCAUCCGUUUGCGGAGGAUGACACGUGCAGGACGAGCCAAGGGUCGCCAGCAUUCCAGCCCCCAGAAAUUGCCAAUGGCCUUGACACCUUUUCAGGCUUUAAAGUCGACAUCUGGUCUGCGGGGGUGACGCUAUACAAUAUCACAACGGGUCUGUACCCUUUUGAAGGGGAUAAUAUCUAUAAAUUAUUUGAAAACAUUGGGAAAGGCGACUACACAAUUCCAGAGGAUUGUGGUCCUCCGCUCUCAGACUUAUUGAGAGGGAUGCUUGAAUACGACCCAGCCAAGAGGUUCUCAAUACAGCAGAUAAGGCAGCACAACUGGUUUAGGAAGAAACAUGCUCAGGCAGAGGCGCUGGUGCCCAUCCCUCCCAGCCCCGAGACGAAGGACAGGUGGAGGAGCAUGACGGCGGUGCCUUACCUGGAAGAUCUGCAUGGCUACAAUGAGGAAGAGGAUGAUGACUUGUAUGACAUUGAAGAUGAUAUCAUCUACACUCAGGACUUCACAGUACCAGGACAGGUGCCUGAGGAGGAGGCCGGGCAGAACGGGCAGAGCCGCGGCAGGGGGCUGCCCAAGGCCGUGUGCAUGAACGGGACGGAGCCGGGGCAGCUGAGCACCAGGGCCAAGGGCGAGCGCCGGGCCAGCGCCUCCUCCAACCCCUCCCGCAAGGCCUGCUCUGCCAGCAGCAAGAUCCGCAAGCUCUCCACCUGCAAGCAGCAGUGAGCUCUGCCCAGCAUCCCCGGGCCUGGGCCAGCCUGCGUCCCCCUCCUCACCCCAGCUCUGCCUCUCUCCUGGGACUGGACUGUGCUUGCAAUCCAAAAGGAAACCAGAGGAAACCAACCAAGGAGCCCCCCUUCCCUCCCUGCACCCCCUGCUCCGGCCAGCGCCAGGACACCGAGCUGCAGUGGCCGGACCUUCCCCGCCGGACACCUGGAAGUUGAACUCUGCAGCUGCCAGGACGCUGCCCCCCUUCCCCCAAUCACUCUUUGCCAAUCAAGACACUGAUUCUGUUUUCAAUUUUUGCGAUGGGAAGGGUGGGAUGAGGGGUCGGGGGGGUGGGACCCUCCCCCUCCCCCCUGCCGGGCCCCCCCCGGCCGUGUAGAGUCGUGCAAAGCCAUUGCCGUGCACUUUAUGUUUUAGACUACUGUUAUAUAUUAUAUAUUUUCCUCUUUUUUUUUUGGUUUUUUUUUUUUGGUUUUGUUUAUAUUUGCGGUAUAUUUAGAGAUUCCUACACAUCGUGAUGUGUUAAAAUAAACCAGAUGAGGAAAAAAAAAAAGAAAAAAA